AUUCGCGAUGUCGCGCGCUUGCAUGCCGUGCAUGUUCUAAUGGAACUUCCAGUUCCAGGUUAACAAGUUUGUAGAAUAAUUGUGUGUAGUUUGUCUCUUGUCGAAGAGAUCGGUCACCCACUGUGGUGUACUUCUUUAAUUGAGUGCUGGAGGAGAGAGUCAAAGUGAAGAAUGAGUGUAGAUGCGUACGGGCCGAGCUCUCAGAGUUUAACUUUCCUGGACACGGAAGACGGCGAGUUAUUAGGCGCUGACACACAGGGCACGGACUUCGAGUACAAUGUGGGGGACUUCACCUUGCCAUCCCAAACUCAGACACAGAGCCAAGCAUCACAGCUGGAUGUGGUCUCACAAAGCCAGAGUCAGGCCGGCCUGUCUUUGGAUACCAAACCAGCCCAGCAGAAUGGUUUUGUCGAAGAUGGCGUAGCCUCCACCGUGCAGACUCUAAAGGAAUUGACAUUUGAGGAGGACGAGGAGGAGACGUACUACACCAAGGAUCUCCCUGACCAUGCCUGCAGGUAUUGUGGAAUUCACGACCCAGCCGCUGUGGUGUUGUGCAACACCACCAAGAAGUGGUUCUGCAAUGGGCGGGGAAACACCUCUGGAAGUCACAUUGUCAACCACCUGGUGCGUGCCAAGUGCAAGGAGGUGACCCUCCAUCGGGACAGCCCCGUGGGAGAGACGGCCCUGGAGUGCUACAACUGCGGCUGCCGCAAUGUGUUCCUGCUGGGUUUCAUUCCGGCCAAGGUGGACUCGGUGGUCGUGCUGCUGUGCCGUCAGCCCUGCGCCACCCAGAGCAACUUGAAGGACAUGAAUUGGGAUCCGUCCCAGUGGCAGCCCCUGAUCCAGGACCGCUGCUUCCUAGGCUGGUUGGUCAAGGUGCCCUCGGAGCAGGAGCAGCUGCGGGCCAGGCAGAUCUCGGCCGCCCAGAUCAACCGGCUGGAGGAGCUGUGGAAGAACAACUCAGAGGCCACGUUGGAGGACCUGGAGAAGCCUGGUGCCGACGAAGAGCCGGCGUCAGUUAUGCUGCGUUAUGAGGAUGCCUACACCUAUCAGAACAUCUUUGGCCCCCUGGUUAAGAUGGAGGCCGAUUAUGACCGUCGGACCAAGGAGAAUCAGAACCAGAGCAACAUCUCUGUGCGUUGGGAUAUCGGACUGAAUCGCAAGACAAGGGCAUUCUUCAAUUUUCCCAAGAAAGAAGAUCUGAAGCUGAUGCAGGGAGAUGAGCUGAGGGUACGUUACCUUGGCGACUUGCAAGAACCUUGGUCAGGAGUUGGACAUGUAGUCAAGAUACCGGACAAUUAUGGAGACGAGAUCUGCAUCGAGUUGAAGAGUAAUGCCAAGGUCCCAGUCAACUGCAUCACCAACUUUGUGGUUGACUUUGUCUGGAAAUCCACGUCUUUUGACAGGAUGCAGAGUGCCCUGAAGACCCUCGCCGUGGACGAGACAGCCGUGUCCAGCUACCUCUACCACAAGCUGUUGGGCCACGAGGUGGAGAACAUGGUCAUCAAGAGCAGCCUGCCCAAGCGCUUCUCGGCACCCAACCUGCCUGAGCUGAACCACUCGCAGGUGUCGGCCGUCCGCACGGUGCUGACCCGCCCUCUCAGCCUCAUCCAGGGCCCACCUGGUACUGGAAAGACAGUGACUUCAGCAAGCAUCGUGUACCAUCUUGCAAAGCAAGGGCUGGGACAAGUCUUGGUGUGUGCCCCCAGCAACAUCGCCGUAGACCAGCUGACGGAGAAGAUUCACAAGACGGGGCUGAAGGUGGUCAGGCUUAGUGCCAAGAGCCGAGAGGCCAUCGAUUCCCCUGUCUCAUUCCUCACCCUCCACAAACAGGUGCGCAACAUGGAAGGAAGUGAGGAGCAGACAAAACUGCAGGCCCUGAAGGAUGAGAUUGGAGAGUUGUCCAGUGCCGACGAGAAACGCUACCGCACACUCAAGAGGAACUCUGAGAGGGAAUUGUUACAGAACGCUGACGUGAUUUGCUGCACGUGCGUCGGUGCAGGUGAUCCGCGCCUAGCUCGCUUCCGUUUCAGGGCAGUGCUGAUUGACGAGAGCACUCAGGCCACCGAACCAGAGUGUCUCAUACCUGUUGUCCUCGGAUGCAAACAGGUGAUCCUUGUCGGUGACCAUUGCCAGCUGGGUCCUGUGGUCAUGUGCAAGAAGGCAGCCAAUGCCGGCCUGUCGCAGUCGCUGUUUGAGCGGCUGGUGGUUCUGGGCAUCCGACCAAUCAGGCUGCAGGUCCAAUACCGCAUGCACCCAUCCCUGAGCGCAUUCCCGUCAAAUAUCUUCUAUGAAGGAUCGCUUCAGAACGGAGUGUCAGCAGCGGACCGUAUCGCCAAGGCUGUUGAGUUUCCCUGGCCCCAACCUGAUAAGCCCAUGUUCUUCUAUGCUACCUCUGGGCAAGAGGAAAUAUCGAGCUCAGGAACCUCCUUUCUCAACAGGACGGAGGCGUCCAACGUGGAGAAGAUCACCACCUCCUUCCUCCGUGCCGGCGUCAAACCCGAGCAGAUCGGCAUCAUCACCCCGUAUGAGGGCCAGCGGGCCUUCAUUGUCCAGUACAUGCAGUACAGUGGCCCGCUCAAUGUCAAGCUUUACCAGGAGGUGGAGAUCGCCAGCGUGGACGCCUUCCAAGGGCGAGAGAAGGACUACGUCAUCCUGUCCUGCGUCCGGGCCAAUGACCACCAAGGCAUUGGGUUCCUGAAUGAUCCACGCCGUCUGAAUGUGGCUCUGACCCGUUGCAGGUUCGGUGUAAUCAUCGUGGGCAAUCCCAAGGUCCUAUCCCGUCACCCUCUGUGGAACCACCUCCUGACCUACUACAAGGAGCAGAAGGUGCUGGUGGAGGGGCCACUGAACAACCUCAAGGAGAGCCUGAUCCAAUUCAGCAAGCCCAGGAAGCUGGUCAACACUGCCAACCCGGGCGGUCGCUUCAUGACAACGGCCAUGUUCAGUGCCAAGGAGGCCAUGAUACCAGGCAGCAUAUACGACCGAUCAGGGAUGAUGAACGGGGAUUCCAGUCGCUACGUCCCUGGACCGGGUCGCAUCCACGACCAGAUGGGUUACAUCCAGCAGGGCUCCGCCCAGUUUGGGGGAGCCAACCUUCCCAUGCCGGUCAACAUGUUCAUGCCCCCACCCCCACAGCCUGGCGCUCACUUCUUCAACCAGGGGAUGAGGGGUGGCGGCCCAUCUCCCAUGGGGGGCCAGCAGGUGCCCCAGCAGAGGGGCAAAGGGGCACCACCCUACUCCAAGAGGAGGGGGAAGACGCCGGGCCAGCAGCAACAAGGGGUGCAUGGGAGGGGUCCCCAGCCAGGAGUGGGUGGAGCCACUCAGGGUGGGGCCAGUCAGAAUAUGUCGCAGUACAACCUGUCUAUGCAGAGCCAGGAAGGCACCAUGGCGUUUUCCCAGGGACCACUCACCCAGGGUAUGUCCAUGAGUCAGCCGGGCCUGUCUCAAGCUGGCUUCUCUCAGCCCGGCCUGUCUCAGCCGGGCCUGUCCCAGCCCGAGCUCUCGCAGGACAGCUACUUGGGGGAGGAGUUCAAAUCCCAGAUGGACGCAGCCCUCUCCCAAGACUCCACCUAUCAGGGGGAUCGCAACUACCAGCACGGCUUUGGCUACUAGUGGGGGCGCUGUUGCUGCGACACGCUAAUAUGUGCUCGAAGCAAGCGAGGGAGUUGAGACUUCCUCCCCCGAAAGUCUGCUGAAAGGCGAAAAAAAAACAAAGAUGAAGACGAAGAAGAAGACGACACAACAACGCUAAAAGAAACCAAAACAGCAACCACCACCGAAGAUCAACAGCGAAGAUGCAGAAAGAAGGUUCUCCAAGAACAACCACAAAGACAUCAAAAAAAAAAAAGGGAAACGGGGAAAAGAGAGGAACCAGAGGGACAGGGACAAGGAAACGUCACUGCUAGUACGAUCAAGCAGAUUAGGUUGAUGUUUCAACUGUCGGGGCAUCCUUUGCAGGUUCCCUCAUGGGCCGUGGUUAGGGUUUGGAAGACGAUGCAGUAAAAUUCGUUUGAAUUGGCACAUUCAAAAUCGGACAGCUUCAGGAAAAUGGGCCAUGCUGAGUUUUGGUAACCCGGCUCUCAUUGGUUUUCAUCAAACGUUUGAGAAAAACAAAAUGUCCUCAGAUGUCCUUGUUGUACCAGUGGGGCAUUUUUUGCUUGUCGUUCAGACAUGGGGAGUUAGCUUAUUGCCCCAUUUACUUGUUAGGACGUUCAAACUGGAAAAAAAAAAACCCUAGUUCACACAAUGGUCAUGCAGAACGUAGGCAUCUGCAGUGAAAACACACAAGGCCAGGGCAACUCAGAAGAGUAAGUACAUUUAAGGACUUGUGGUCAACCAGCAGUUGUUCGGGAUGCACUUUACAGCUGUGGGUAUGAACAGAUACAAGGUAGCUGUCCUCAAACUUUGGUCAAAUGUUACUCCCACAGUCGUCCAGGGUCAACGAAAUUCUCCAAGCUGGUACCAGGGAUCAACUUGUCACAGUUGGUCGACUAUUGAAAUAUGCACUCCUGGGAUUCUUCAGGGUAGUAACUUGUCAGAACUUGACCAAAAUUUAAGGAAUGGAAUCACAGCAAAUGGUUCAAGUUGACAAUUGGAUAGGCCUUGCCAAGUACUGUACAGAGUACUUGAAAACCUUACAGUUCAAAUAAUUGAAUUGGGGUAGAAAUCCCAGAGUCUGGUACCAUAGGAAAACAAGCUUCUCAGAGUGGUAAAAAUACUUCAGAUUCGGAAUAGGUGAUAUCAAAGUGCAGACUUUUCUCUUGGAAAUCUUCAACCGAGAUCAAAGGCCAGGUACUCUUAAAAUCUGGCUUUGCCAGUUGUCUUCUGGAAGGUUGUGCGGUCAUCUGCUCUGUGCAAAUAAUGCUUUACGUUGAAUGGAGGCCUCAGCUCAUGCAUGUGAGCACUGUGUGCGGGCUUUGCAACAAGCGCAAGUCAGAACUUACUUAUUGGGACCACCAUGAAUGUUGACCUUGGCGUAAAGUACUUCUCUUCAAAACAACAUCCUUGAUUUUAAACUGGCAAAGUGCCACCCAGAGGGGACGGUCACAGAGCAGAUAGGCCAGUGAAGCAAGUGGAGAGAAUUAUUAGUUUGUUUUUUUUUUUUCAAACCAAUAGCGUUCAGUAGUUGUGUUGAACAGUGCAUUGAAUAUGUUAUACCUACCUAAUCACACAAGCUUAAUAUAUAUGUACAUGUAUUUUCACUUAUGACCUUGGUAACUGAAGAAAAAAUGAGUUCAUUUUUUUUCCUCUUGAUAUCAAAAUUUUAUGGUCAAGACCUUUUUCGUCAGGCACACGUGUUAUUCUUUAAGAUACUGGGUUAUGUUACGAAUUUAAUAGUUAAUUAAAAGGCGACUCGAGUAAUUCUCAUCUUUCAAGAACUAAAACCCAGGAUUGGGUAGAAUAUAGCGCUCUCUUUGGCAAAUAUGUUCCGUGUCAAGAAUUAUAAUUGCAAAUUUACUUUUUGACAGUUGAUGUUGACAUAUUAACCGGGGUUAAUAGAUGCUAAUUCUCUCACCCAUUCGUCGGGUCAACCACCCUUUUGAUUUCUGGUGUACCCAUGCUUGCCUCAAUUUCUUUAUGUCACAUUUGGCAUCACGCCCGUAAAGAGUGUUUUGGCUGAUUAACUCAAUUCUAGGUACUGUAGGUCAUUGUAAAAAGUGUUGUUUCAGUUUUGAGUGACAAUUGCUGGAAACUGGACGAGCCAGCUCAGCACAGUGCAGUUGGCUUACAGCAGUGGUCGUACUUUCACAGAUACAAGAGAGAUAGGAAUUGAUGUCGGUGGCAAAUAUUCCAAACUGAGAAGUUGCAGAAGUGACGUCUGCAUUUCUAAGGAUUUUUGCCAGUUUUUGUUUCAUGGCAUG